CCGGAGAGCGGGCGGCUGGAGGCGGCGGCGCGGGGCGGCGCCGAGGCCCAGGGGCCGCCGGAGCCAGCGGGAGCCCGUCCCCAUCAUCUCCCUUCACCCCAACCCUGUCCCUGGCAUCAGUUCCUGCAGCGCGGACGUCCAGCGCAGGAGAAAGAGGUCCUGAAGAUGGCAUAGUAAUAGAGGCACCUUCCAAUGAUCGGGAGCAUCUGUCCCCGCGGGUGCCGGCCCGGGCCAGUGACGUCGUGUGGAGCUGAAGGGACGUGUCUACCUCUACCUGGAAACCUCUUUCUCUCCUAAUUCAUGAGCCAGCAGGAUGCUGUCGCUGCGCUUUCAGAACGCCUUCUCAUAGCCGCAUACAAAGGCCAAGCGGAGAAUGUGGUUCAGCUCAUCAACAAGGGCGCCAAGGUAGCAGUUACCAAGCAUGGCCGGACCCCCCUGCAUCUCGCUGCCAAUAAAGGUCACCUUGCUGUGGUCCAGAUCUUGCUGAAGGCUGGCUGCGACCUCGACGUUCAGGACGAUGGGGAUCAGACCGCCUUGCACCGUGCGGCCGUGGUGGGGAACACUGAGGUCAUCUCGGCGCUCACCCAGGAGGGCUGUGCCCUGGACCGGCAAGACAAGGACGGGAACACGGCCCUGCACGAAGCAUCCUGGCACGGGUUCAGCCAGUCAGUCAAGCUGCUCGUUAAAGCAGGAGCCAACGUGCUUGCCAAGAACAAGGCGGGGAACACGGCCCUGCACCUGGCCUGCCAGAACAGCCACUCCCAGAGCUCGCGCGUCCUCCUGCUGGGCGGGUCCCGCGCCGACCUCAAAAAUAACGCAGGCGACACCUGUUUGCACGUUGCCGCGCGCUAUAAUCACUUGUCCAUCAUUAAGCUCCUCCUCAGUGCUUUCUGUUCUGUCCAUGAAAAGAACCAGGCUGGAGACACAGCACUUCAUGUUGCUGCUUCCCUAAAUCAUAAGAAGGUGGUUAAAAUCUUACUGGAAGCUGGAGCAGAUGUGACCAUUGUUAAUAAUGCAGGCCAGACCCCGCUGGAGGCCGCCCGCGACCACAAUAAUCCGGAAGUUGCUCUUCUCCUCACUAAAGCUCCGCAGGUCUUGCGCUUCAGUCGUGGGCGAAGUCUGAGGAAAAAGAGAGAGAGGCUCAAGGAAGAGAGGAGAGCUCAGUCUGUGCCAAGAGAUGAGGUGGCCCAAAGCAAGGGAAGUGUCUCGGCAGGAGACACCCCUAGCAGUGACCAGGCUGCACCCAGAAAAGAAGAGGCCAGAGAAGAUUUCCUGUCGGCCUCCCCAGAGCCCCGAGCAAAGGACAACAGGAGGAGAAAGUCAAGGCCCAAGGUGUCAGCGUUUUCCGACCCCACCCCACCGGCAGACCAACAGCCUGGGCACCAGAAGAAUUUACAUGUUCACAAUCACCCGAGAAAGAGGCCCCGGCAUCGGUGUUCACCCCCACCACCUCCCCACGAGUUCAGAGCGUACCAGCUCUACACGCUGUACCGGGGCAAGGACGGGAAAGUGAUGCAGGCACCAAUAAAUGGUUGUCGAUGUGAACCCCUAAUCAACAAGCUGGAGAAUCAGCUGGAGGCGACAGUGGAGGAGAUCAGAGCGGAGCUGGGAUCGGUUCAGGAUAAGGUGAAUACGAAGCUGGGGCACAUGGAGAGUAAGACGCAGCACCAGAUGCGUGUUCUGGACAAGCUGAUGGUUGAGCGACUCUCGGCCGAGAGGACAGAGUGCCUGGGCCGCCUGCAGCAGCACUCGGACACAGAGAAGCUUGAGGGCGAGAAACGCCAGAUGUCCUUGGUGGAUGAAUUAAAAACCUGGUGCAUGUUGAAGAUUCAGAAUCUGGAACUGAAGCUUUCCGGAGAUUCUAGGGCCUCUAGGGCUAAAUCCACGCCAUCUACUUGCGAGUCCUCCACAGCUGUGGAUCCAUCAGUGGUGACGGCAGGUCCAGUCGCAGCUUCUGACAGUUCCCCUCGGGUGGUCAGGCCCAAGGAAAAGGGACUCGGCUCCACGGCUGCCCACAGGCUCCAGCAGGAGCUGUCCUCCUCUGACUGCACAGGCUCCCGACUGAGGAGCGUCAAGGUCCAGACAGCCUUGCUGCCCUCACAAGAGGCAGCCAGAUGUGAUCAGCAGGCCGGGCCCUGCGUCCACAGAGGCACCCAAACCAAGAAGUCUGGGAAAAGUGGGCAGGCGAGGCAUCGAGCCCAGCCACCAGCACCCAGCACCACCUGCGGGCAGCCACCACCAGCUACAGGCAGCGAGCAGACUGCCUCUCACAUUCGAGACACCUCCCAAGCUCUGGAGAUUACCCAGUACUUUUUUGAGGCUGUUGCUACCCAGAUGGAGAAGUGGUAUGAAAGAAAGAUUGAAGAAGCACGAAGCCAAGCCAGUCAGAAAGCCCAGCAAGACAAGGCCACCCUGAAGGAACAUAUUAAAAGUUUAGAAGAGGAACUUGCUAAACUAAGGACGAAGGUGCAGAAGGAAAAUUAGGGCCUGGGAAGUGGCACAAGAAAGGGUCGUUGAGGAUUUCUGGGAUAGCAGCUGCAGAGUAGCUGCGCCCCAAGUGUCAAGUAGAGUGCAUGUAGCAGACUUGCCUUUAAAAAACAUCACUGGUUUCUCAAUUGUGCCAGACACACAGGUUUCCUAUGCCCUGAAGUUAUGAAGACAUCAACAAUUAAACUGAAACCAGGGAAAGCUUGCUUAGUUUCAGGUUUCAUCACAAAUUUAAAACCUCAGCCCAGGUUCAUCUGGAGUUCAAAUGCUCAGAUUAAGUGAGCCACCUAGAUACUCAAUGAUGUGUAAGCCUAAACCCUAAAAUUCAGGAUGUACAAAAUAAUAUAAGUCAAAAGCAAGAAAAAAACAGUUAAUCCCUUGUGAACUCAAAUCAAGUCAUCAUUCAUGUAAACACACCUGCUGUGCCUAGACAAGAGUGUCUUUCCGUAGCAGCUGUAACGGAGAUGCGCGCACACCUCCCUAAAAUGCAGAAUCCUCAGAAUGCUGACGUUCUAACCAGCAUAAAUUC